AUGAUGCUUGCAAAAGAAAAGGGCGUGCAACCACCAACAGUUAGACCUUGUGGCAUUUGUACACAAGUUGGACAUCCCACUGACAUGUGCCCCAUGUUACAAGAAGAUGUAGAGCCAGUUCAAGCUAUGGGAUUUUCAAGUCAACAACAAGGAAACUUCCAGCCAAGAAGCAAUCCAAAUUGGCAUCAACCUAAUACCAAUUUUCAGCCUAGACCACCACCUUAUCAACCAAGACCCCCAUUUCAAAAUCAAAUGCAUCACCAACAAAAUUAUCAACCACAUUUCCAGCCAACUCAACCUCCUCAUCAAUCUCAAUAUCAACCUCAAAACAUGCAUCAAGGAAGUAGUUCAAGCGGAUCGGGAAUGUCUUUGGAAGACAUUGUUAAGAGUUUAGCCACAAGUACUCAAACCUUUCAAAAUGAGACCAAAGCGAGCAUCAAGACUUUGGAGCAACAAAUGACUCAACUCGCCACUUCUGUGAGUAAAUUGGAGUCACAAGGCAAACUACCCGCGCAAACCGAGAAGAAUCCAAAACAUAGUGCAUGUGUCAUCACUUUGAGGAAUGGAAAAGAAUAUGAAGGUCCAAAGAUGGUUGAAGAAGAAGAAAAGAUGGAGCUAGAGAAAGAAGAAGAGAAGUCAAAAACACCUUCCAAGCAAGUUCCUAUUGAAGCAAAAGUCACUCCUCCUCCAUUUCCUUCAAGAUUAAACAAGUCAAAGCGUGAAAGUGAAGACAAUGAAAUCAUGGAGAUGUUCAGGAAGGUAGAGGUAAAUAUUCCUCUUAUUGAUGCCAUCAAACAAGUCCCUAGGUAUGCAAAAUUCCUUAAGGAAUUAUGUACAUCUAAGAAAAAACUGAAAGGGAAUGAAACUGUCAAAGUAGGAGAAAAUGUGUCUGCAGUGUUACAAAAAAGAUUACCUCAAAAAUGUAAGGAUCCGGGUGUUUUCACGGUUCCUUGCAAAUUAGGUAAUCUUCAUGUUCCACGGGCUAUGCUAGACCUUGGAGCUUCUAUCAAUGUUUUGCCAUUUUCCAUCUUUAAAACUUUAAAUAUUGGCACAUUGAAGAAGACCGGGGUAAUCAUUCAAUUGGCUGAUAGAUCUUUAGUACAUCCAAAAGGUGUGCUAGAAGAUGUGUUAGUCCAAGUGAAUGAACUAGUGUUUCCAGCAGAUUUUUAUGUCCUUGAUAUGGAUGAUGAUGACUCACCAAAUUUGAGUUCAAUUCUUCUAGGAAGACCCUUUUUGAAAACAGCUAGGACGAAAAUUGAUGUUUAUGAUGGUACAUUGUCCAUGGAAUUUGAUGGGGAGGUGAUAAAUUUCAAUAUUUAUGAUGCUGUGAGAUAUCCAAGUGAUAUUUCAUCUUUGAAUUUUGUGGAUGUCAUUGAACCAUUGACAGAGGAGUGUUUUGAUUUGUCUAAUCUUGAUGUGUUAGCUCUCAUUUUAGACAGGAAUCUUCAAAAGGAAAGAGUGGAAAAACUUGCCAAUCAAUUUACAAUUGAUAAAGAGAUUAUGGAGGUUGUGUCUUGCACGGAUGAGAAGAAGAAAAUGAGGUUUGAUGUUCCAAAGCUGAAAAUACCAAUGUCUAAUGAGAAACUUGUUCCUUCUAUUGUGCAGGCACCGGAAUUGGAGCUAAAAACUUUACCCGAGCAUCUCAAGUAUGCAUAUCUUGGAGACAAGGAAACUUUGCCAGUAAUCAUUUCCACCAAGUGGUCAACAAAAGAAGAGGAAGAACUUGUCACCACUUUGAAGGAAUAUAAGGAAGCAAUUAGGUGGACUAUAGCCGACAUCAAAGGGCUAAGUCCUUCGUUUUGCAUGCACAAAAUCCUUAUGGAAGAAGAUUACAAGCCUUCCCGAGAAGCUCAAAGGCGUCUGAAUCCUCCAAUGAUGGAGGUUGUGAAAAAGGAGAUUUUGAAGUUGUUGAAUGCGGGAAUGAUUUACCCUAUAUCAGAUAGUAAGUGGGUAAGUCCGGUCCAAGUUGUGCCGAAGAAGACAGGUAUUACCGUUACAAAGAAUGACCAAGGUGAGUUAGUCCCCACCCGUGUGCAAAACGGGUGGAGAGUUUGCAUUGAUUAUAGAUGGCUCAAUUCCUCAACCUAG